CUGCACGGUCUGGCAGCGGAUACGAUCUAUCGUCGUCGACAGUGCCGUCAGUAGUGAAGCGUGAUGACAUCUCUCUGCCGCGUCUGUAGUGCUCCAGCGGCGCAACGAUGUGCGGGCUGCCAGCAGGUAGCCUACUGCGGCCGUGACCACCAACGGGCCGAUUGGAAGGCCCAGCACCGUGACCAGUGCCGCCGGUUCAAAGUAGUACGCAAUGAUCGUCUGGGACGCCAUCUGGUGGCAACGCGUUACAUCAAGCAGGGUGAGAUAAUAUACCGCGACGAACCGUACGCGGUCGGACCGAAGAUAGCAAACGUGCCACUCUGUCUUGGCUGCAACCGUAAUUUGAUGCCGCUGUGGCAGCAGCAGCAGCAGCAGCCGGGCAGCCGGCCGGACCGCUUUUACGAAUGCUCCCGGUGCGGUUGGCCCCUGUGUGGUGUGAGCUGCGAGGAGUCGGCUCAACAUCGGCCCGAGUGUAGUGUGCUGGCCGCUAGCGGCUACCGGCCCAACAUCCGUCCCCACCCAUCCAAUCCCGAACAUCGCGAAUCGGCGUACUGUGUGAUCGUACCGUUGCGCGUACUGCUGCUAGAACGCUUUGCGCCCGAACGGUAUGCAACGUUGCAGGGGUUCGAGUCACAUCUGGCGGAACGGCUGGCGAGCCCGCUGUACGGUGUGCUGCGCUCGAAUCUUGUCCCGUUCGUACGGUCCGUGCUUGGUUUGCAGCAGUACAGCGAGCAGAAGGUGCUGGAGUUGAGCGCGAUCCUCGACACUAACUGUUACGAGAUCCGGUUGCCGGAGCGGCACGUGAAGGUGCGCGGACUGUAUCCGCUGGGUGCUAUGCUUUCGCACGACUGUCGGCCAAACACGAAACACUACUUCGACGAUCGGUUGCAUAUGGUGCUGGUGGCGACGGUUGACAUUCCCGAGGGUGCAGUCAUCCAUGCGUCCUACACGCAACCACUGCUCGGCACGGUUCAGCGCCGGUUAGCGCUUCGGCAAGCCAAAUGCUUCGAUUGCGCCUGCGACCGGUGUACGGAUCCAACCGAACACGGUACGCAUGCGAGUGGAUUCCGCUGUCCAAACUGUCGCCGGGCACCGAGCCUCGUACUGGCAGCAGAGCCGACCAACUACAGGACGGUGUGGCGCUGUCAAAAUCGACGCUGCUCCUACCAAGAACGGCCCGAGCAGUACGUAACGCGCUGUGAGCGUUUGCAGCAGGAACUGCUUGCCCUAGAUAGGACCGAUCCGUCUGCGUACGAAUCGUUCUUGACCCGUCACGAACCAACGCUCCACCCGUGGAACGCUUACAUCCUGCAGGCAAAGUACGCCCUUACGCAGCUGCUAAGCAGCGCUCGGGCGACAAAUUGCCCCACCAAAGAAGUCCCCACCCGUCGUACGGUAGAGCUAUGCCGGGAUCUGCUUGCCGUGGCGGACCGGCUCGAGCCCGGGUACGGAACCUUCCGCACGAAGCUUCUGCUGGAGCUGAGUGCCGCGCUCGACACACUCCAAUCGCUCGGUGUCUUAUCGGACCCCGAGCGACAGGAACGGUGCACGGUGCGAACCGAACUCGAGCGCAUUGCCAAAACGGACCCAUCUGUGGACGUCAGCAGCUUCGGUGGUUAGUGCGGUUAGUGUGAAAAGGGUCGCCUCGUUCAUUUGCUCGUAAACCUCCACUCGAC